CCGCCUGCGCGACCAAAGAAAGGACGAACCAACACACCAUGGACACCAGCAGAAGAACAGAGGUUGAAGGUUAUGAGAGAUGCUGGUAAUAGCUGGAGUGAGAUCGCUAAAACGUUUCCUACACGGACUGAAGGCAGUGUAAAGAAGCAUUGGUACAAGGACAUGCACUACGCUGAGUUCGCGGAAGAUGAGAGCGCGGCACUUCUCGCUGCCAUCAAAGAAUACGAGCAGAGCAAGUGGAAGGUCAUUGGACAGAAGGUCGGCAAACCUGCUAAGGCUUGUGAGCAAUAUGCCAAAGAACAUUUCGGC